AUGGUGAAGAAGGCAGGGAAAAGCGGCCGCGCGCCCUCGAAAGCUGGGGGGAAAGCCCCCCAAGGCUCUGCCCUUAAACGAGGCACGGCAUCAACUCUCCCCUCCCGCCAACUGCCGACCAAUAAAAAGCCAGGGCACUACCGAUCUGCCAGCAAGAUUAGGCUGUUGAAGAUGUACUCUUCAAAGCCUAAGUGGAUACGUCCUGGAGGCAAAGAGCCGCAGCCUUCGGCCCCCGCGAGAAUUCAUCCUGACCGCCGCUGGUUUGGAAACACUCGAGUUAUUGACCAGCAGAAGCUCGCGGCUUUCAGAGAAGACAUCCAAAAGGCAUCUGCCGAUCCAUACACAGUUGUUCUGAAGCGGGCAAAGCUGCCCAUGAGUCUCAUAAAGGAUGGAAAUGUGGGAGGCCAAAAGCAGGCAAUGGGUCCGGAGGGGUCAUUGCCGAAGUUGCAGGGUGACGCUCUCGUUGCCUUGGAACCCUUUGAAGGGGUUUUUGGUAGCAAAAAAACUCGUAAACGGCCAAGGCUUCAGGCGGCCGACCUUGCCACGCUGGCUUCUCAAGCUGCAGUGCGAGAAGCAGCUUUCACGAAGUCCACCGGAACGGAAGAGGCGCUAGGAGACAGCGGCGGAGAGGGAGGGCCCGUAGAAUCAAUUUAUCAGAAGGGAACCAGCCGCAGAAUUUGGGGGGAGUUGUAUAAGGUCAUUGACGCGUCAGAUGUCUUGGUGCAAGUCGUAGACGCACGUGACCCAAUGGGAACACGUUGCAGGCGCCUGGAACGGUACCUCAAGGGGCAGCGUUCCGCCAAGCACUUGGUGCUGGUCAUUAACAAGGUGGAUUUGGUGCCACCACGUGUUGCGCGACACUGGUUGCAGCAGCUGAGCAAAGAAAUGCCUACCCUCUUGAUGCAGGCCGACAAAAACAAGAAGAAUAUUGGCAGGACGCAGCUCUUUCAACUUUUGAGGCAAUACGGUCAGCUACUGUCUGAUAGGAAGCAUGUUUCCAUAGGGUUUUUCGGAUAUCCGAACGUAGGGAAAAGCUCGAUCAUCAACUUUUUAAAGAGCAAACAAGUUUGCAAGGCAGCCCCGAUACCCGGCCAGACUCGUGUGUGGCAAUACGUUGCGCUGACCUCAAAGUUGUACCUCAUUGACUGCCCAGGCAUUGUUCCUCUUAGCAGCGAGGCAGGCGAUGAUACCGCGAAGGUGAUGCGAGGCGUUGUGCGACCCGAGAGGAUCAAUGCUCCUGAGGAACACAUAGCGACCGUCUUAGAACGGGUUAAGAGGGAGGCCGUGAUAGCCCGCUACGGCUUGGACCGGAACGUGACUUGGGGAGAUUCAGAGGAAUUUUUGGCGCUGUUGGCAGUGCGUCUCGGAAAACUGAGGAAAGGAGGAGAACCGGACAUUUCUACCACUGCCCGCAUCGUGCUGUACGACCUGCAAAGGGGCAAGCUUCCGUACUACGUGUUACCCCCGACGAUGGCAAAUGAGGCAGCAGACAUUGCUGGAGAUAGGGAAGACGCCGCGGUGGAUGGAGCUUUGGCACUGCCUGAAGGAAACGCGCUGCAGCUAGCGAAUGGUACGCUGGAAGCCCUUAAUGACGAAGAGAAGGCAAGAGAUGAGGCACCCUAA